AUGGACGAAGUAUCUCCGGAUAAAGCAAAACAACGGUUUGAUAUUGCUGACUAUGCUGUUUGUGGGGCAAUGUUGGCUGUUUCUGUUGGCAUAGGAGUUUUCUAUGCAAUCAAAGGAUCCAAAGUGAACACAACCAAAGAAUUCUUGUUUGGAGGAAAGAAGAUGAAAGUUCUUCCAGUCGCAUUAUCAAUUUUAGCCACUUUUCUCUCAGCCAUCACGUUACUGGGCGUUCCAGCUGAAUCAUAUCAAUUUGGACUAAUGUACUGGAUGAUCAACAUUUCUUAUUGUGUCAUGAUACCACUUAGUGCCCAUAUUUAUGUUCCUCUGUUUUACAAGCUUCAAGUGUCAUCAGUCAAUGAGUAUCUGGAGAAACGGUACAACAAAGGAGUGCGUCUUGUGUGUUUCAUCGUCUCUACUAUAUCUCAAUUGAUUUAUACAGCAUUCGUUAUUUAUGCUCCAUCUUUAGUUUUUUCUCAAGUCACUGGCUUGGAUUUAUGGGUAUGUGUGCUGUCAAUGGGCCUGGUGUGUACAUUUUACACAACAAUUGGAGGAAUCAAAGCAGUCAUUUGGACCGACGUUUUCCAGGCACUAAUAAUAUACGGUGCCUUGAUAACUGUGAUAGUCAAAGGAACAAUUGAUGUCGGUGGGCUACAUGAAGUUUGGAGGAAGGCUGAUAUGAGUCAACGAACACAAUUCAUUGAUUUUAAUCCUGAUCCAACUGUUCGACACACAAUUUGGUCCCUGACAAUUGGAGGACUGUUUACUUGGCUAAGCAUUUAUGCUGUAAAUCAAGCUAUGAUUCAAAGAUCGCUGACUAUUCCUACACUAGCAAGAGCAAAGGCAGUUAUAUGGUUGAAUUUACCAGGAAAUAUACUUACCAUUACUCUUACAAUUGUCGCUGGGCUGAUAAUUUAUGCAAACUACUCAACGUGUGAUCCAAUCACUACCAAACAAAUCAAAUCACCCAAUCAGAUCCUUCCUUUCUUUGUGAUGGAUAGUCUAAGUUUAUUUCCAGGGUUACGUGGCCUUUUUGUUUCUGGAAUAUUUAGUGGAGCUUUGAGCACGAUGUCUUCUACUUUGAAUUCGCUUUCUGCGAACACGUUAGAAGACUUAGUGAAGAGCUACAUUGCUACUAAUAUGAGUGAGCUUUGGGCUACAAGAACAGCCAAAUUAUUAGUUGACUCUUGCCAAACUUUGUAUUUUAACGCCACGAAGUUUAUGGCAAAUAUUACCAGUGCAGCUACACCUGUGAUAUCACUAAAUGACGACGUUUUCGUACUGUAUCGAUUAUCAUAUUUGUGGUACAGCGGAAUAGGAUGCAUCAUCGUUAUUGUCAUUGGGUUAUUGGUAUCUUUAUUCAUUGAAAUAGAAAAUAAUUUGUGGGUCCGAAAGUCAUGCAAUAAGUCCCUUGCUAGCAUUUACCUUGGGUGGAGGGUAUUGGAGACCCUCUCUCUCCUUCAGCAGCAUAUUAUAAUUGUAAGGAUAUCAGCAACUCACUUGACGUGGUCUGACAAAGUUAUUAAAUUGGUAGAUGCUGGCAUCAUUUGGGGCUAG